UUUAGGGUAAGAGGACCUGGGAGGAUACCUUUGAGGAGCCACCCAAGUUCCACGCUUAUCUCUCCCCCUACCAGGAUCCCAAGCUGUCAAGGAGAACUAAUGGUUGCCAGUCAUAGAUAUAUAAUUUUAUUUUCCCUAACUUUUGAAUGGAUAUCUCGCGGAUUUUCUAAAAUAUGUUCAUUCAAAAUAUAGUCAAGAUAGUUCUUAGACAAAAAAUAAAUAUUGAGUAUUUCAGAAAAAAGUAAUAGACGACAUCCUCAGGAGUAUUAUCACAGUUUUAAAUAUGUCGUCUACCCUGAAGCCCUACUUGAACGCCGUGAAGAGGACCCUCGAGGCAGCCAUGUGCUUAGAGAACUUUAGCUCGCAGAAGGUCGAACGCCACAAUAAACCAGAAAUUGAGAUCCAGGAGUCCCCUGAACUAUUGCUGAACCCUGUCAUAGUUUCAAGGAAUGAGAAGGAAAGAGUUCUCAUCGAACCAUCGAUAAACUCGGUGCGUGUAUCUAUCUGUAUAAAGCAAGCAGAUGAGAUUGAGAAGUUACUCACCAACAAGUUUACCAAAUUUAUGAUGAGACGAGCAGAGAACUUUGUCAUUCUUAGGAGAAAAAAAAUCGAGGGUUAUGAUAUCAGUUUCCUGAUCACAAACUUCAACACGGAAGUCAUGCUUCGGCAUAAACUUGUAGAUUUCGUAAUUCACUUCAUGGAGGAGAUUGAUAAAGAGAUUUCCGAGAUGAAGCUGGCGGUCAAUUCACGAGCUAGGAUCUGUGCUGAGGAGUUCUUGAAACGUUUCUAAUCAAUUAAUCAAUUAAUUCAUCUUCCACGGUGUUCAGCAUCUGCCAUCAUAAAGGGAAAGAUUCCACAAUAGUCAUAAGUUGCCUUAAGCAAUUCAAUUUUACACUACAAAGAACUGACAACGUAAUUUCUAGUGACAUCUAAAUAUGAAGUUGCAAUCCCGAUUUACAAGUGUGCCCUUAUUACUUUUAUCUCAGUUUUAAGAUAAUAACUAUUUUGAACCAAAAAAAGGUCUUCAAUGUAUCAUUGUGAAUCCCGAUUUACAACGGUGCUCUUAUCACUUUUAUCUAUUUUAUUUAAGAUAAUAACUAUUUUGAACCAAAUAAAGGUCUUCAAGGUAUUAUUGUGAAUCCCGAUUUACAACGGUGCUCUUAUCACUUUUAUCUAUUUUAUUUAAGAUAAUAACUAUUUUGGACCAAAUAAAGGUCUUCAAGGUAUCAUUGUGAAUCCCGAUUUACAACGGUGCCCUUUUUUAUUUUUAUCCCAAUUAUAAGAUAAUAACUAUUUUGGACCAAAUAAAGGUCUUUAAUGUAUCAUUGUGAAUCCCGGUUUACAACGGUGCCCUUUUUUAUUUUUAUCCCAAUUAUAAGAUAAUAACUAUUUUGGACCAAAUAAGGGUCUUCAAGGUAUCAUUGUGAAUCCCGAUUUACAACGGUGCUCUUAUCACUUUUAUCUAUUUUAUUUAAGAUAAUAACUAUUUUGGACCAAAUAAGGGUCUUCAAGGUAUCAUUGUGAAUCCCGAUUUACAACGGUGCCCUUAUCAUUUUUAUCCCAAUUAUAAGAUAAUAACUAUUUUGAACCAAAUAAAGGUCUUCAAUGUAUCAUUGUGAAUCCCGAUUUACAACGGUGCUCUUAUCA